UGUAAUAGAACACAUUAUUGUAUUUUUAGCGUACGUACGCUGACGUUGUGAAAACUUUAUUUCCUGAAAAAAUGUGAUAAAUGAUUGUAAAUAAACGUAAAGAAAUAUAUUCUAAAUACAGUAAUGAACUUAUUAGUCGAGUGAUAUUUUGAAAGGUUAUUCCAAAUUUUCAAAGAAGUGACUGAACUAGAGAUCAUGGAUGCCUCAAAGAUUACAAGUAAAACUAGCUCGCUGAAGGCUUUGAUCCUCAAGGCUUGGCGAGAAAGGUGGACGGACAUCCAGUGGGGCAUAAAUAUCAAGACUAUUUUGCCGAGAGGUGUGAGUGGAGACCUUUAUAACCUAGCUGAUUGCAUACUUCAACAGGCUAUGGUAGGAUGUGGCGCCAACCAGUUAGUAAUAUCAUAUUUGAAGCAUUCACUAGCUUCUCAUCUUGUUUCUUAUGCCGCUGUGCUCCAGAGAAUAUCUAAGUUUGAUGCCUUUCAUAAACCUCAUUGCAUUUUAAGCCUCCUUGAGUUUUUGGAAGGUUUUCUUGACAAUAUAACCUGCAGAGGAAAAAUGGAAGAGGAAGUACUCGCCUAUGCUGUAUCUUCGAUUAUUCUAUGGCUAUUGCAAGUCUACCAUUAUUCAUUGAGUAAAUAUCCAUCUUUGAACCCUAUUCAGAGUCAAGAAUUACUCGAGAAGUCCACAUCUGUACUAAAUUCUAUAGUCAAUACAGAUUUUCUAGUUGCAAUGUUUUAUUUGGCUAAGCAGAAUGAUCCAGAUGAAUAUAAUAAGGUGACUAAGAAAUGCCAAGAAAUAACAACUUUUAUCAUGAUGAAUACUCAGUUUAAAGCACCGGUGACUUUACAUGAGACGUUACAAAAAAUUCAUAAUAUGGAUAUUGAUAAGAUUGCUCCACUGAAUAUUAAAACAGAGACAGUGAGCCACUGUUUACAAGCCCUUGUUGCCAUUGAUUUACUGGCAAACCCUAGCGCUGAUUCUCAGCAGCUUUCAAGUCAGUUACUGAUGGUUAAACGCAUCAAAGGAUACACUUUAUCAAGACUAUAUUGUGAAUUGAUUAGGGCUUGCUUUAUAUCACUCAACGAUUCCAGUAAGAAUGCAUCAAACCAAGCCCUUUGGGCAGCCUUUACAUUUUUGAAGGUUCCCCAAGUUAUUCAUAACUUACACAAUAUUUGUGGAACUACCAGUAAAGAAGGCGAAUUUUCUGUGGAAGUCGUAGAAGCAUUUGAGAAUUUGUUGCAGUCAACCCCUCUUUUGGAUAUUGUUGAUACAAAGAAUUCAUGUAAUAGCAUUAUAUCAUUAAUUGAGCCUUUAGUGAAAUUAAAUGUAUUGACAGAAAGCCAUUUGGGUUAUUUCAAUAAUAAACGGGAGACAAAGGAUUUGAAAUUGCAGAAAUUAGAACCUACUGGGCUUCAGGGACCUAUUCCAAUUUUUAUUACCAGAGCAGAGCCUACACUUGCAGGAAUCUUGAAAACUCUUGCAGGCGAUUUCAAUAAAAUACAUGAUUCACUUAAUACAAUGCUUUGUCAAAUUGUGGGAGGAGGAACCUUGGAAAAGAUUUUAGCUGUAGCAACAGUAGAAAGCAAGCUAAAAUUAAUUGUGUCGAGGCUUAUAAAACUAAAUGAAUUUGCUAUUCAUGCUUCCAAUGAGAAGAGUGCCUCUCAGUCAAAAGUUACCAGCUUUGAUAUAUCAUUUUUGAUACUCUGCUUUAUAGUGCAAGAAUAUGGUGCAGAGGCUGUGUUAGAGGAAAAUGGAGAUUCUUUCUUUGAACAAUGGGUCAGAGACUGCAUGCCCCAGAAGGGAGUACACAAGCUUCCAGAUCAAAUACUACAAAAGUGUGAAAUGCAAUUUGUGGAUGUUUUCAUUCGACAUUUGAGUGCACCAGACUUUGAUUUCAAAAAUACCAAUAUGAAACCUCAUGAUUUGUGUGAGAAUGUUGCAGGAGUUGUGAGAGAAGUCUUAUUUGCUUGGGAACAAGGUUCACUUUCUGCAGCAGAUGUUAAGAAGAUGCUGGAUUCUCUGAGACAGAAAAUGACUGCUUUGGCUGUUUGUGCUUCUGUGUGGCUCUGUUCUUAUAUAAAUGUGGUUCAUCAAGAUGCUUUCUUGAAACCUAUGAAUAUGGUUCAACAAUUUCUAACACCACCAAAUGAUCUGGAGAAACAGAUAGAGACUUUUAAAGAGAGAUCGGUCUUAAUGAACAAUAUCAUUAAAAAGAUGCAGUAUGAUAUUCAUCCUUCAUCAGCACCAAAAACUAAAACUAGUUUUUCUCAUAAUGUAAUUUCAAGACAGCCUAUUUUGGAACAGUUGCAAACUAUUUGGGAGGACAUCAAAUCACGAGGAUACCUUCAUAUUGAUGCUACGCAUAAUUUUGAGAGUCUUCUAAAUACUACUGGUCCAGUGUGGUUUGUGAGACAUCUGGUAAAAGAAACACUUAAAUUCCGGUACCAAGAAGACCUGGAUAGAUCAGUAGAUAUAGUUUUUGCUAUACUUCAUAUAGAUAUCGAAAAAUGCACCGAGGCUUUAUUAUUACAUGUACUGCCUCAAUAUCUUUACAAUGCCAAGCUGUGCGAAGAAUUGGUUGAACCACAAUCAGCAAUAUUGGCAAAACUAUCAGUAUAUUGCAUUUAUGCUGCCUUAGAACACAGCAAUGCGAAUAAACUUCAAAUAUCUAGAAAGCGCCGACAUGACGAUUCUGAUGAUAUGGAUGUGACAUCAAGCAAAGUUCGGAGGCUAAAUGAUAAUAGUUCGGAUAGUAGUGGAUAUUAUGGCCAAGGGCAGAACAAUUCUGGGGUAACCUUGAAAGAGCCUUUACAGUCUGCUCUGGAGACGUUAUACACGUCUUUCUCGCACUUGGCUGGUAAAAAUGGUGAAGUCACUCCACAAACACAUUUUAUUCUUCAGUUUCUGACAUACGUCGUCUCUUGUGGACAUGAAAGAGCACAUUUGGUGUUGCAGAAGAUGACGAGCGAACUUGUGCCCACUUUGAUAAAGGCUAUUCCUGAAGGAUUUAAUAUAAGUCUGAUAUUAAGGCUACAUGAUUUAUCUAUCCCUUACGGCAGGAAAGACACGGCCAGAGAUCUUUGCCUUUUGAGAAAUAUGCGCUUAAGGCCUGAUUAGAUUAAAUUGUGAAUCUGUCGUAUUUAUCUAAUGGAAUGAUAAUGUAAUUUUUCAAUAAUUUUAAGUAAACAUUUUAUUUAUGUAGUGUUUCUGGAUAUUUUAAUUCAAUAAAUAUGGGAAAUAUCUUAUUAGAAA